CUCUUGACACUGGAUACAGGCUGGCAGCAAAAACUUAUAUUUAGACCAAGACAUUUACUUCAUGCUGCUGCAUUUUAUCUCUAUAUUUCUGAUUAGUCACCGACUGCAAUUUAUUAACCCAGAUCAACCUGCUUUAUAGUGCAUACCAAAAACAAGGGUUCAGAGGGUGUGAACAGAUGACAAAUUAACCUCCCUACAUGUUACAAAUGCUCCAGAUGAAACACUGGAAGACUCGUUUUCUAUUUCAAGAUUAGGCUGAGCAUGAAGACCAGACUCAGACACUCUCGCUUAGAAUGGGAUCGACCGGGCAGCGCUGAGUUGUGGUGAAAGGCUGGAGAGAAUUCAUCAAGAUAUUACAAUAAUGGAUAGUGUGAUGGAGGAUUUUGCGCGGUCAGAUGUUGACGGCGAGAUGACGGCGCUGACGCCUGAAGAUAUUACUGAGGAAAACCUCGACGCCAGCGAUGAAGUGGAGAACCUUCGGAACAGUUUACGUGAGGUUGUCCACGAUGACAACGUCCAGCCUAAGAUGCAGUGCCUGAUGAUGGACUCCUCCUUCUCCAUGGUAACCAUGCAAGGAGAGGAUAGCGGGAUCGCAUGGGAGACGACCCCUAGUCGCUGUAGCACACCGUGGGCAUCCGAAGCUGGAGCAUCAACUCUGGAUCUCAGCUCUCCGGUUGCAGUACGGCAUGCACAGCCUGGGUCUGUUCCGGCAGGGAAGAUAAUCUUCAUCAUGGAUGAGGAGCUGAUUUCCAGACAGAAGAAAACUAAAGAGAGGGCAAGCGGUCAGAGGAGACAACGAGAAGUCUUGGCAGAAAGUUCUGAGAACAUCUCUGGAAGGCCAGAAUUAGUGGGAGUCUCCAAGCCAAACGUGAAAACCAAAGGAGAAGGAGCUGAAGAAGAAUCAACUGAGCCACAGGAAGAUAAAGAACAAUGGCUAUUCAGCUUAGUGUCUGAAGGCUCCGAAAUCCUUAACAUUGUUGUUCCACCUAAACAUGAUACUGUGGAUGAAGAGGAGAGCAAAGAAAUGGUGGACAACUUGUCUUAUCUGGAGGAGAGCCCUGUUCCUAAAGCAAUCAAGGAGACCAAUGAUAAUGAAAUAAUGUUCUUAACAGACACUCCUACAGUGUCACUUGAACAGACGCAGCAUUCAUUUCCCAUAGGUCCACAUGUAAUGGAUCCACCAGGGGCUCCAGUGGCCAGUCCUCCAGGCCGAGGAGCUUCAGGACAUGUGGACUACUUUGAGGCAUUCAACCUGAUUGAUGCCCAGGCUCCAGGAAGUCCUGCUGUGGUGGCAGAGAGACAAGUGGAUCCCGAGGUCGAGGGUACCGCCAACAGCCAGGAUUCUGUUAAACUAGUGCAGUCUAAAAACACCACCACAGCAAAGCCUGUGAAUCUCGACAGGUCCGACACAGUCAGUCUAGGGGAAAUCAACAUCGAGCUUCUAGAUGAGGUCUUCUACGGUGGUACAGAUGAAUAUCUCAAUAAAAGUCUAGAGAGAGAGGUCAGAGGUGGAGAUGCCAAAGGUACGCCCUUGAGACUCCCGUCAAAACCAAGUGGUUCGACUUUAUUUGGAAGCCAAGAAGACAUCCUGACACCGAUCUUUCUCCCUGAAGGACCUCCCAAAAUUAUUGACCCCAUUUUGCUAGAGGAGCCCAAAGCCAUGGCCUUCCUUUAUACCGACCUGUAUGAGGAAGCAAUCGGCAGUCGACAAAAAGAAGAGGAUACAGAAAGUAUGACCUCAGAGAAGUCCUUCCACAGUAGGCAUUCAGACAGGGAGGCCAGGGGAUAUUUAGAGAAAUAUGCCCUGAUAGAUGAGACUCCUGCGGUGGAGGUGGAUGCAACCGAUAAAGAAAAAGGCCCAGAAGAAGGUCCUCGGACAUUGUGUCAAGAUUUGUAUGAUUUUGAUUUUCCGUCCGAGCCUGAAAAAGGUGAGGUGCCAAACUCAGAGGAAGAAAUAACUGACUUCUUCAGGUCUAGUGCCAACUCUUCUCCAUGUGAUAUGGAGCGCCUCUCUCGAUCAGUAGAGGAGGACGACACGCAAUCAGCACCAAAGACUAAAGCUAAGACAAAGAAACAUGUCACCAUAACAGUAGGAAAAGUCACUGAAAUCCCAGUAGACCCACUUAGCAUCUCCAGCUUUGAGUUUCCUGCGGAGGAACCAGACUGGGGAACUACAGAUGAUCAUCCUACAACCCUGGAUGAGAAGGAUAUCAGCGGCAAUUCAGAUCAGCAACUGUGGAAACAAGAUUUGGAAGUGCAUAAACCAGUUGCCCCUCCCAGGAAAAAGGCAACAACCUCUCCUAAGGCAAGUCUGGACCUGACACCUCUGACUCCAGUUGAUGCCAUUAUACAGGAAAAAGAAGAGGCUGGUGGAAAGGAGCAGAGGGAGGAAGAGAAAGAGACAGCAUCACCUGAGGAGACUGCUGACGAAGGAGACGGAGAUGGAGAGGAGACCAUGCUGUCCUCUUUUGAAGUUUCUAUGUCUGAAUAUGCACUGGGGUCAGAGGAAACUGAAAGUGUAAGAGAAAGCAAUGAAAUAACAGACACGAAACCAGCGGCAGCCGAGGAGGAAGACACCAAAAUAGUAGAAGAGGAACAAACUGAAUCAGAAGAGAUAAAUAUUAAAUCACCCGAUUCGGCUAUAACAGAAGUUAAUCCUGAAAAACAAGGAGAUAGUUCAGCUGCUUUAUCAACUGAGCCAGCUAAAGACAAAGGACAUUGUAUAAUACUUUAGAGAAGCGACAGUAUUUUUCAAUCAUAUUAAUGUCAAGUGCCUUGCCCUGCAUUGAACUGAGUCUUAAAACUUCCAAUAUGAUUGUUUAAAUGUUUCAGGGUUAGGGCUAGUUUUUAUAAUUUGCACCCUGCUGUUAAUCUAAUGCAUGAAUUCAAUUGUUAUUAUCACUUAUUUCGAGAUUAAUUGAAUAGUCGCUCCACAUGAAAAAUAAUCUGCAACUACUUUGAUAAUCAAAUAAUUGUUAAAGUGAUUUUUCAAGCACAAAUAGUGAAAAAGUGUCAAAUAUUUGCAUUUCAGCCUCUCAAAAGGGAAGGUUGGCCUUUUUUUUGAAUAUUUUUGAUGUCACCCUCAGCUUAGUGAAACUUUAAACCGUUUUUUUAUAUUCCAUAAACUAUAUUAUUGAUUACAAAGUGGCAGAUGAAUGAAAAAUGAAAAUAGUUGUUAGUUGCAGUCCUACAUUGAUCAAAUAUAUUCAUCAGUCUCUCCAGUGUUGCAGGGUGGUAAUAAUGCAUGAAUCAUGGAGUGUUUGAAGGGAGAGAUAUGGGUUAUGAGUGUGAAUAAACAGGGGUAGAGUGCAUGUGUUUGCGCGAGGUUAGGGUGGAUCUUCAGCUAUAAAUAAGCCUCUCCCGCUUUUAACCUGACACCUCGUCUCAACCAGGAGUCUGUGUGCUGUGUAUCUACUUGUAAACAGUCAAAAAGGUGUGGAAUACAUGCAGACGUGCCUAGUGACACUGGCACUUUUUUUUCCUGAUACUUUGUUUAAUCCUUAAUGUUUCCAAAGACUACCAUGGCUGUAAUGUAUGCUUAAUUAAAACCAUUAUUAUAAACCUGUGUGUACCUGUUUCCACAUUAUCAAGAAAAAACAAACAGAUCAUGAUCUGCAAGUGGGAUGUUUUCCAUCUAAUCAAGAGGUGUGGAGUUAAAGAUCAUUGUCAGACAUUUUAACACGUUACUUUUAUUCUUACCCUAUAUUUGAAAGAUCCAUAAGCUAUUUUUUUAUUCAAAAGUUGAAUUGCUGGACACAAGAUGUCAUCUACUACUAAGCCAUAGUUUAUAUACUGGGCCACGGUUGACUGGAAAGCAGUGUCAAAUUCUGAUUUAGGGUGGGCUCAGACAGAAUGUAGAAACAGCCUUGUGGUGGCAAACACUGAACAUGACAAUUUUUUCAUGAGGACUUUUUACGAUACUGAACACUGCAGUGCUUAUCCAACACAUGUGGUCAUUAAAGCGGAUCCAUGUUAGGCAGUAUUUUCAGAUACCGUUGCUUCCAGGCCUGAAUCCAAAGUUCCCAUCUGGAGCUCAGCAGUGAUCUGUGGCCCUGCUGACCUUGAAGAGGAGACUGGAAACACACACUCACGGAUAUUAACAAACAUGCACAAACCUAGUGUGAAUGUGCCUGAAGUUAAAAUGUGUAGCACAGUGGUAUAUUGUAUUAGCAGAGUAAUGUAAGCAAUGUUUUAAGGCUUGAGUUACCAGUGGUCAUCUGACUGGAUUCAUAUUGUCUUCAUAUUAAUUGGGCUUUGGCGACCCCCAGUGUUUAAAAUAUGAAUGUCCAUAUUUUCUAACCUUUCAUAAUCCACAUCAAAAGGUGGCAACUACGCCCCAAAACAAGUUUAAGGCCAUGGCAAUAUAGUGGAUAUGCCAAUUCCCUUAUUCGCUAAUAAAUGUUUAUAUUCCCAUCUGUUUCCCCAGCUUAAUUAAGUAGUGGUAAAAAUGUAACUGUACAUUUACAGCACUGUGUUUUUUUAAAAAUAAAUGAUGAAACAGCA